AUGAACAUGAGCAGAGUUGAGCAACAAGUCAUUAGAUUUUCAACGGGAAAGACUACUCCGGUGGGUUACUUACCCGAUCCAGCUUCGAUUAACAAGUUCCGGGUUUCGACUUGUUCCAAGAAUUCUGAACAAGGCAACGGAAAAUCGUUUCUUAAGAGGAAGAAAACCGAUGGUUUCACCAAUGGAGCUAGAGACCAGAGCAAGUUAAGACCAAAGCUAACCGAAACAGUGAAGAGAAAGCUAUCUCUUGGCGCUAGGAUUCUUCAGGUUGGAGGUUUAGAGAAGAUCUAUAAGCGGCUCUUCAGAGUCAGUGAAAAUGAGAAACUGUUCAAAACUUACCAGUGUUAUUUGUCGACAACCGCGGGUCCAAUCGCCGGCCUUCUUUUCAUUUCGUCCAAGAAAAUGGCAUUCUGCAGCGAGAGAUCGAUAAAAGUGGCUUCUCCUCAAGGAGACAUGAUCCGGGUUCACUACAAAGUGUCAAUACCUUUGUGCAAGAUCAACAGAGUAAACCAAAGCCAGAACACAAAGAAACCGUCGCAGAAGUACCUGGAAGUAGUAACGGUUGAUGGUUUCGACUUCUGGUUCAUGGGUUUCUUGAGCUACCAGAAAGCUUUCAAUUGCCUUGAGAAGGCUCUUUCUCUGAGCUUUGAAGACAGCGAAGAGCAAUAA